AUGGAUAGAAAUGCAAAAUCUAUAGGGCUGUUAGGCACGUUUGGAAUUGUGGGAGAGGCCUUCAAAAUCAUUCACUUUAAAGCUAAAUUAUUGGGGAACAUCACUCUAGUGUUCAUUCUGCCUUUAGUUUUGGUAAAUUUGGUAUUUGGAAUCAUAGUACAGACCCAUGUCGCUGAGAUUAUUUUCAGUAAGACUACUGGAGAGUUGAAGUUGCUCAUUCUGCAAUUGACGGAGCUUUUAGUGCUGAACGCUGUGUACCUAUUACUCUCUUAUGCGCUGUUGAUGCCGUCCAUGGCGGCAGUGGUCUACACCGUGGCCACUGUUGACACGGGCAACAACAAACCCUCAUUUGCAGGAGUCAUGAAACUCGUUCCCGCAGUGUGGAAACGGAUGAUGAUAACUUCCCUGUGGUAUUUCAUUAUCAGUUUCAUGAUUAGCAUGGCUUUUGGUUUCGCUGUGUGUUUCCUAGCAGUGGGUUUCCUAUUGUUCGGUAAAUCGUAUGUGAUUGUGUUCUAUGCUGCGUUAAUAGUUUGGUUCGUGGUGUUAUUCCUGGUGAGCGUGUACUUGGGAAUCGUGUGGAAGGUAGCGACUGUUGUGAGUGUUAUGGAGGAGGAUUAUUAUGGGUUGGAGGGCAUGAAGAAAAGCCGCCGUCUCUUGGAAGGAAAGCGCGCUACAGCGUGGGUUGUCACCAUAUCUUACAUGGUAAUUAAUGGGCUAGUUGGUCAUGCAGCGCUUAAGGGUUACAUGCAUCUCGAGGGAUUAUGGGCAAAAAUAGCGUUUGGAACAGGCUGUGUGGUGAUGGAGGGUUUGGUUGCUUUGAUGUGGAUGUUAACGCAGAGUGUGCUCUACUUUGUAUGCAAGGCUUACCACGGGGAAAGCAUAGACGGAAAUCUCGGUGAAUAUCAGGCUACUGACAAUAAGGACACGGAGAGUUUGGAGCCUUUGAAUAUAUAA